UAGGGUUUAAUAGGUCAUAUAACGUUAACCUGCAUUCACAAAUGUAACACAUUUAUAAUACAAAUGUAAGGCUGGUUUCAUUCAGUUUUCAGUCGUCAGUGUGUUGAAGUAAAUUAUCUUGUUCUGAAUUAUUUCGCCGACGAAAUCUUAAUGGUAGGCUACGAGCUAGCAGGGAAGCUUCUUCAUUAGCUACAACUUAACCUCAAGUUUUUUAUAGCUAGCUAACAGUUGUCGACGUGAAUGAUCAACCUGCAAUCUCGCCCCUGGUCAUCGAAGGGAAAUAUACCUGAAAAAGGCAUGUAAUGUGAUUUGUGACAGAGUGUACCAGAAAUGAGUUGCACUUUCCACCUCCUGGUUUCCCGCAGUGACUUCUACCAUGGCGGGUUUCUGCUCUUUUCUCGACAGUCUAUGUUGCCCAGAAUGCUCAGUUCCAAGCCCCAGAUCAGCCGCAGCCUACAAGAGAGCUACAGGCUGUUGCAAUUGCCUGACGAGGGACAUGAAAGUCCUGCUCAGGUGAAAGAGGCAUACUUGCGCCUCGCCAAGCUUUACCACCCAGACUCUGGGGCUCCGACUGCAGAUGCAGUGCUGUUUGCUCGUGUUGAAGAGGCCUAUCGUGCUGUGCUGGCACAUCAGAGCAAGACCAAGCAACCUGAUGAGGGGAAAGAAGUGGAAGAUGAGGAUAAGUCCAGAGGUACAGCAUUUCCACACAGACACUACCUCAGUUACGAGGGUGUGGGUUUGGGCACGCCCAGCCAGCGUGAGCGUCAGUACCGGCAGAUUCGCAUCGACCGGGCAUCUGAGCAGGUUUUGAACUACCGUCAGAGGGAGCAUGAGAGGGCUGCCGCUGCAGAAGGGAUGCUUGUGGAGCGGGAUGUACGUCAGCGCAGCCGAAAGAUCAGGAUCACCCAGGCUGUGGAACGGCUUGUGGAGGACCUGAUCCAGGAGUCCAUGGCCCGAGGAGACUUCAGGAACCUGAGUGGCACUGGAAAGCCCCUUAACAAGUUUGAGCACAAUCCAUACGCUGAUCCUAUGACCCACAACCUUAACCGCAUCCUCAUAGAUAAUGGUUACCAGCCACCCUGGGUCGUUACUCAACGAGACAUCCGAGAGACCACUGCACAGAUCCGAAACAGGUUAUUAGAGGGGAGGGCCAGGCUCGGCGACCCCAUGACCCCCAAAGAGAACAGCCAAUGGGAGCAACUGUGUGCAUCUGUAGCGGAGGAGUUGGUGAAACUUAACAAGACAGUGGACAGUUACAACCUCAUCGUACCGAUGCUCAACAUGCAAAUGGUUCACUUCAGUUUGUCACGAGAGAUUGACCGUGCUGUGAAGGGUGCCUGUCAACACAGACUGGACCAGCAGAGAGAGAGAGAAAAGGAGAGAGAUAGGAGAAAGGAAGAGAAAAAAAGAGCGAAUGCAGAAACUAUGCCUAAAAACACCAAACAGGGCCUAAUGUAUUGGAUGAAGCAUGUGCUCAGAUUAAAACACUAGAACUCUGAAUCUAAGAGAGCAGAAAAAUUAUUUGAGAUAAGUGUUUAAUUAGUUUGCACUCAAACCAAUCAUUACAGUCCAAAGGGCAACCAUUUCAGACAGACCUGUUCACCUGCUUUUUUUCUAAACACUCUGAAUCAAAGUCAGGGACAAUGGUGCCAUAGAUUUAACUCUGUGUUACUACUGUUAUUGUCCAGAUAUGCAGGAUUGUCAUCAGGUGUUUGUGGAAGAGCAGUGUUAACUGUAAAGUGUGAGAAACAGCACGUGUUGAUUACUAAACUUAGAGCAUGAGACAAUUUGAGGAUCCAAGUGUUUCUGUGAAAUUUCUGAUCAGAAAAUUUAAAAAAAAAAUCUUGUGUUACAGAGUUUUACAUUUUUGAAUGUGAGAAAUGUUUAAAUAGCUGAAUGUCUCGUUCUAGUCUGGCAGCUGCUCCAGCGUUGCGGGGUUGCAGAUGACGAUGGGCUCUUUUCUGCCGGCUCCAUUGCUUGCAGCUUCCCCGUGCAGAGCUUGAGCCACGGCCCUGGGCGGAGUAAUUACCUUGGUCCAGUCGUGGGCAAUGUACUGGUGGUACGGAUCAUGAGAGCUCUCCAGCUUCUUGGAGCGAAUGUAGCUGAGCAUGAUGCCGAAUGUGAAGAAGCUGAACAUGCCAACCACCAAGAUGAUAUACAUCAUGCCCUGAGACUGAGCGUGGGCCCGGGCUCCAGUCUGCGCAGCCGGCUGGGUAGUGUAGUUCUGAGGUAUCUGCGGAGACAGUAUACUGGUGCUGUUGAGGCAGUGCUGCAGGAAGGAGAGCAGGAGCGACUGCAGCUCUGUUGCGUUGAUGUGUGACAUCGCUGACCUCUGCUGGAUGCUCAGCAAACUGCAACUGAGGAGGAAGAGACGUAAGCAAAAGAUUCAUGUCAACGUAAAGAUCACUUUAUUUCUGCAUAAAUUACACAAUUUCACUAUUGCAUUAAGUAGCUUAAUUAAUAACUGAAUGAUUACUGCAAACCUGCCUAAGCAGUGAAAGAGAAAACAGACAAACAAGAAAAAGAUGAUUUCUGAAUGGCAGAUCACAAGUUAAAAUAUUUGACAUGUUUUCCUUCAAAAUAGACUUUGAUAGAAUGAGAGCAUAUUAAGACAGCAGAAAAAGUAAGAAGCAUAAUAAUCAAGAAUGGGACUAUGUCAGAGUGAGAAAAAUGAACCACAUCUUACAGUGAUUUUCAAUAAAACCCAUGUGUCCAGAAUUAAUAAAUGAGUAUUGAGUGACA